AAAAGUUUCUACCGGAUCUAUCUAAUAGCGUCUUUGAUAAUAUCUGCUGUUAUUAACGCCAUGACAAUAUGGUUGCUAUUGUUGUUAAAAGAUAAGAUAAUGUAUUUUAUGUAUAAUGGUUAAUGUAUUUUUAUUAUUUUUGAAUAAUUGUUCAUUUUUCAUGAAACUCAUCAGCGAUUUAACAAGUCUUUGAAAUUUUAACGUGCUAUUAGUUAUCAUUCAUUUUAUAUUUAAGGUAUGAUUUUCUUGUAACCUGGCAAUAGACUUAUUAUAAUUCUAUGGAAAUAUAUUUUUCAGCAUAUAUAUUUUCUGUUUAUUUCAAGUUUGGCUUUAACACAGUCGGUUAAAAUAGUUGCGGCUAAAAUAGGGUUCAGCUGUUUUAUAGCUUCCCGUAAGAUACUGAGGGAAUAAUCGAUACGGGACAGAGUAAUUAUUCUAUCAUACGGAGAAGUUAGUCGAGAUAACAAUGAUAACAAGUUGUAAUUUUGUAAAAAAUCUUUGAUAAAAUAAAUUUGUUUUACAUUUUUAUCAUUUUAUAUUUUAUCUAUUUUCUAUGUGUUUACACUUUUAUUCAUAAAGGGAAUAUGUAUAUUGUAUACUUAAUUUUUAAAUAUGAUUUUAAAAAUGUAUUAUUCUUGAAGAACUUAUACUUAUUUAGAAUAAUUAUGUUAAAUCUAAGAUGUUAUUAUAGAUACUAUUGUAUAAUUUUGUUGAUUAUUUUUCUGGUACUAUGUUUUAAUGUUUAUUUAGUUUUAUUUUUUUCAAGAGAUGAGACAUCUAUUAAAGUAAGUUAAUCUUUGAAUUGAUCGUAGUGUUAUAUCAUUAUAAUUGUUUAAAAAGUAUAAUUUAAUACAAUUACCCAAGUAUAUAUAGUAUAUAUUUACUUUUUUAAACAAAAAUAUAUAAAUUAAUGAUUUCAAUUUUUCAAAUACCUAAUGUAUUAUGUAAAAUCAAUGAUCUUGAAAUAAUUUUAUCCUUUCAAAAUAAAAUAAAUCAUAUUGAUUCAUAAACUAAUUUUGAAUAGCUAUUGCUUUUGUUUGCUGUAAUAAUACUUAAUAAAUAACAAUAGUAAAAAAAAAUUGUGAAAUUGAAAUUUUAAUUAUUAAUUAAAUAUUUAUAUUGGCCUCCAGUGUGUUCAACGGAUUUAUCUAGCGCUGUUAUUAGUACAUUGUUUUAAUCGGUUUGUCUUCGAGGGAAUUCGAUUUGAAGGAAGUUAAAUUUUUAUUUUCAUCUUCUGAACAAAAAAAAAUUAUUUUAAUUAUUUUUAAUAAUUAGUAAAAUUUUAAUUUACUAUACAUUCAUACCUGAUUAAUAUUUUCUUAUUGAUAACCGUUUUAAUUUCUAACAAAUAGGUGUGAAAAUAAUAUUCAAUAUAAUAACUCAUUAUGCGAUAACGAAUCACAAUCAGCACGAUAUUUCUUUAUCUUGUAUUGAAUAUUAAUUGUUUGAAUAAGUAAAGUUUUUUUUUUUGUGUUUAGGGGAUGAAAAUAAACAUUUUUAAUUUUGGUUCCCUCGAAGACAAACUAAUUGAAAAAAAUUUAAUACUAACAGCGCUAGAAAAAUUUUUUGAACACGGUGGGACACAUUGUAUUAUAUACCAUAUGAAUAUAGUCUCUGUGGAUCUUUUUGCACAUUUAUUUGUGUUAUUUCUAAACUUUAGAUAGCACCUACAGUAAAAUACAAUGCAACUUAUUUGGCUGCUCAAAAUAUUUUGAAAUCAUUAAGAAUACUUGAUAAAGAUUUUGAACUUCCAAUAAAAACAAGUCAGUCAAGUAUUUUGAGAGAAAUUAAUAUACUUUUAAGUAAUUUAAAGUUAAAAAUCAAUGGAGAUAUUGAUUUAUAUAGUUCAACAAUAAAUGUAAGUACCUUAUAUACAUUUUUGAAAAUAUCCAUUAAUAUAUAUAUAUAUAUAUAUAACUUAUUUAUUUAUACUAACAUGUUUUAGGUAAUUAGUUCUAGGUUGUAAAUUCAGUGAUUUUGUAUAUUAUAUAUAGAUAAAUCAUAUUCAGAAAUUAAUAUAUUAAUAUAAGUAAAUAUUUAAAAAUUGAAGUCACAACCAUUUAUUUGAAAUUUAAUUUCUAUCUAUGUAUUAUAUUUAUUCACAUACAAUUAAACCAUAGUAUCUUACUUGAUGAGUACUAUACUAUUAAUCCAUUCUUUAACAAAUUAACUAAAAUGAUUUUGAAAACAUUGUUUAAUAAUUUUGUCAUUUUACCGAAAUUGCUUGUUAAUAUUUCCGAGUAACUUGUAACAUUCAUUGGUGGACUACAGUCAGUAGAAUUAAUAAAAUGUCUAAUAUUUGUUUUAGAAUAUUAAUAUGAUUAUUUUGAUAGGUGAUUAAUGAAAAUGGACUUAUGCCCCUUUAUGGUUCACCCUAUCUUGGAUCAACUAUAAAUUUAUUAAAAACAUCAAAAAUAAUAAAGACAUGUUACUCUAUUAAAGGAACUCAAUUAAAAUUAUUACUAACAUUUGAAAAUAAACAAGAAGUUUUAUUUAAACCAAAGUGGUAAGUGUUUUAAUAAAAACUUAAUGUGUCUAUCUAUUUUAUAGUUUAUUAGGUAGUAUAAAACUUUUCAUUGAAGGGUACAUAUUUUGAAUAUUAUGUCUGGGUUACUCUUGGAGUAUGUGUUAAGACAUUUUUAAUUUAAAUUAUUACAUUAAAAAAAACGAUUUUGAGUGACAUCCAAUACAGUUUUAGAGUAUUGAGUAGGUUAGGUUAUGUUUUUUCUUUCUGUUUAGAAUACUCGAUUUUUUUUUAGAUUCUGAGCAGAGUGAGGAAUGUAUUGGUUUUAUAAUGUUUGUUUUUUUUGUGGAUAACUUUUUUAUCAGCAAUUUUGUUCUGAUUUACAAUAAUAACAUUUUUUCUAAAAGUAAUACUAACUAGAAAGGUACCUUAAGGAAGUCAAUUUUUGAAUUUCACACAAAUUUUCCCAAUAAAUGGGAAAAAAAUGAGAAAUAGAUAUAAUAUUAGGCAAAUAUUACUAAAGAAAAUAUAUGAUUGCCUAUGCAAUUAUUUUACCAUAAUAUGACAUAUAUAUUGUUAAAAAACAACACUAUUAACUGAACUUCACUCAGAAUCGUUUUUUCUUUAGCUAUGUUUGAUUGGUGCCUAUACUGAUAUACAUUAAAUUUCCCCUCUACCUUUCUAACUUCUAACCUACAACAGUGGUCCACCCAUGUGUGAAGUAUACCUAUCUUUUUCAUUUUAUCUUUCGAUAGUUUGAUACUUAGGCUAUAGUAUACUUUAGAUUAAAAAUAUAAACAAUGAUAUGCAUAGCAUAGAAAGAUAAGAAUACAAUAUCAAAGAUUUAAAUAGGUAUACUAGCAUAUAAUGUACAAUAAAAAUACAGGUAAAUAUGAUAAAGUUAGUUCCCUAAAGAGAUCACAUUUUAUAUACCAAAUUUAGAUUUUAUAUUGAUAAUGUAGUAGAGAUUUAAUGAAAUAUCAAGUUUUAAGGGAAUUUAUUAAAGGUGUUUGGCCUGUAGAGAUAUAUGAGAGUUGAAGGGGUUAGGCUUUAAGGAUUGAAAGCAUGACAUAGUGUUGGAGGCUAUUAAGUAAUUAUUAAGGUCAAAAUUUGAAAUUGGUGUAAAUGCUUCAAUGAUGGCAUAGCAUUGGAGUGUAAAGAAGGAAAACAAAGAGAGCAGGUUAUUAGUAAAAAAAACAUGUAGUUCUCUGGAGUAUAGAAAAUGUAACUAGCAGAAAGGGGUGAAACUGACCCAUUAGUAUAGACAACAAUGAGAUUAGAGAAAUUUACAUUAAAAUAGUUUAAACAAUUUAUAAUUACAACUGAGUUCAUACUCAUUGUUUUAUGAUCUGUUGAAGAAAGAUCUGAAAAUAUAUUUCCAGACUAAACAUAAAGAGUAAAAAGUAGAAAUUCAUAUGAUUGUUCAUAAAUUGAGGGUUUAACUGAAUUCAUAAUAUAUGGAUAGAAAUCUGCUAAGGAAUUUGUGGUAACUGAUAGGAUGGGCAUUGAUCUGAGGAUAUAGUGCCAAUUGAGAUACAAUGAGUAAUAAAUAUUAAAGAUUAGGUGACUACAGAGGCCUAAAAAUUUCACUAGAAAUUUACCUACCAGCAAUCACAGGUAUCUAUUAUUGAGAUGUUGGCAAAUAUUGUGUUUUAUUUUUGUAAAAAAUACCUUCAAGUAUAAUUUUAAUCUUUGAUUUUGUUGUUUAAUGUUUUUAGUUAAGUUCAUAUGCUUAUAGUAUUGUUGAACAGUUUUAUUUCCCCAAGUUAGGUUAGGUAAGGUGAGGAAAAAAAUGCACCUACUUGUAAAAUUAACAUUUUCGUUUCUGUCAAUCAAUCUAAAACAAUGAACUCAUAAUUACUGAAAUUGCAUAAUUAUUUCCAUACCUUUAUAAAUAAUAGUUUUUUUUUUUUUACUUAAAAGGUAUCUAGAAUCUGAAGUAAUUCAUGGUAAUGUAUAUGCCGGCAAAGAUCGGUAUAAUGGUGAAAUUUUAGCAUUUUAUAUUUCUCUCAUUCUUGGUUUUCCACGGGUCCCAAUUGUGGUGAAACGAAUUUUAGACUCAACGGAAUUACAAGAAACAGCAACCAUUGGAUUAAAAAAAACCAUGUAUAUUAACUGUAAGUGUAACAUUGUAGUAGGUACUUGUUGGUCAAUAUUUAAGACAAUGGAAUGAUUUUUUUAACUUUUAACACUCAUUAUCUUUUAUUAUUUAUUUAUUUAGUAUAUUAUUAUUUAAUAUAUAAAUAUUAUAUUUAUUUUAUUAUUUCUAUUAUUUACUUAAAUAUAUUAUCAUACAUACAAACAUUUACUUAGACAACAAAGAACUGAUUUAUUAAAACUAUUAAAAAUAUUAUAAUAUUAAAUAAUAUUAUACAGCAAGAACAAUAUCAUAAUGAUAUAUAAUAUACCUAGAUAUACAGACAACAUUAAAAUAUUAUAGAUAAACAUUUUGAACAAACUACUAACUGGUAAUAUACAUAACAAUAUUUUUUUUUUUAUAAUUUUAUUAGGUACAUAUUAAUAUUCAUAAUUAUAUAAAUCAAAGCACGCAAUACACAAGUGAAAUGUGAAUUGAAAAUUAUAAAGAAGUUAGAUUUAUAGGUACCAUUAAAACUUAAUUUUUAAUGUUUUUUUCAUUGUUUAUACUGUUCAAAAAUGGGUUACAGUUUGGUGUGUAUAAUAUUUUUUUUUCAGUGUCUUUUUCUUGAUACUUCAAAUAUUGAUGUUUAAUUAAUUUGUCAAUCUCUACAUUUCUAGUAUUGGCUGGAUUUUCAAUUGCAUAUUCUUCAAAUGACCAUACCCUUUAAUUGAGUGCCGCUUUUUAUUGGGUAGUAGAUAAUUAGUAAAGUAUUAUCAUAAAGAUGGCCAAGGAAAUAAAAAUGAUUUCAAAAUUAAAGAUAGAAAACCAGGAAAAAUAGUACAUUUAUAAAAUAAUGCUUUUAUUAUUUUUAAUUUGGUUUUUUUGAUAGGAUUCAGUUAAAAAUAUUCAUAGAAACUUGAAAUUUGGACAGAAAAUUUAUAUUUCCUUUUUCUAGACACAGUAAAAUUAUCAAAGAAUUUUAGUCAUUUUUGUGUUAUUUAUAGACAUUUUAAUUUUUAAGAUUUUUUUUAUGUAAUUUUAUUUGUUAGGUAGCCUGCAGACGAAAUUUGACCCAACAGAAAUGGUUGAAAAUUUAAUAGUAGGUUCAUAUUAUAGGACAUACUUCUUGGUCAAAAAUAAAAAUAAAAAUUGAGUGUAAUGUAGAUUUUUUUAUUUUUUUUUUUAAUGUCAAAUUUUGAAGAAAAUUGUAAAUAAUAUGGCCUUUAUAAAACUUGUGUAGCUAAAUUCUGCUCAGAAUCGUUUUUCAUUAGCAAUGUUUCAUUGUUGCAUACAGAUAUACUUCUCUAUAUCCUACCUUCUUAAUUAUCUAUCUAAAACAGUGAUCCAUACAUUGUGGGAAGUAUGUCCGUCUUUUUGUUUUUUGGCAUCCAGACUGCAGCUUCUGUUUGUCUUUGACCUCAAAGAAAGGGGGUAAUUAUGAGAAAUUAUGACUAAAAUUACCUAAAAAUGAGGAAGCCUACAAUAAAUGUAUCUAUAUUUUUUCUUUUAUAAAUAAUGACCACCCUAAAUUAUGUAUAUCAGUCUUAGAGGGGGUUUUGGUGGUUAAAUCUUGAAAUUAAAAUGGAUCUUAGUUUUAAAAAAAGUAUAAGUUUUCUUUUGAAUUUCAAAAGUUGAACCCCAAACACCCUUCUAAAGGGCUGUAAAAUAAAUGUACAAAUUAUUUUAGAUGUUUAUAAAUCAAAAAAACUUCUGUAUUAUAUAUUUUUUACUAUAUUGAAUAUUUUUAUCAAUAGUAAAUUGGAUGUAUUAUACAUUUUUAAUCACCCUUGAUUUUAUAAUGAUUUUUAUUAUUAUUAUUUGUUUUUAUCUGUAAACAACAAUUUCUUUUUUAUCAGAAAUCUAGCAUUUUCAAAUGUAGCAUUUUUUUUUGAAAGGUUUCUUUUUUUUGAUUUUUUGUGUUUUCAUAAUAAUUGGGAUCAUUGAUAUUAAAUGCACACAGUGUGUCUAUGGCAUGUAGAUGAAAAAUGUCUAUUUUAUUUUAAAUUUUAAAUUAAUAUAAUUUAAUGUUCUGUGUUGUUUGGUAACAAUUAAUUAGUUAAUAAAUAACUUUUGAAUAUUAACUAAUUAUUCUUCAAAAUUAACCAAACUGUUAUGGUUCUUAGUUAACAGAUGGCUGAAAAUAAAAACUGUAUCAUUAAAAUUAUUAAAAGCAAAUUACAUUCUCUUAAUGUAUUUUGUGUGCUAAUGUAUAUGUAUACAGCACAAUAAAUACACAUAUUGCAAUUUAAAAAUAAAAAGUUAGUAUUAUUUAUGUGAAAUUUUAUAAUUAAUCUUAUAUCCUCCCUCCAAAUUGAUUUUUGAUAAAAUUGCUACCUAUUUUUUUUGAUCACGAGUGUUUUAUUUUAAAAAAAAAAAAUUAUGUUAUACAUAUACCUAAUUUUUGUAGAAAUGUACAGUACAUUUAUCAGUGAUUCCCACUACUUUCCCUUUGUUGGUAUUUUUAAUUUUAAGGGGGCAUUGAACUUAACCUAAUGAUUACUUACUUAGUAUCACUUAUAUUUUUAUAGUUUUUAACUUGCUACAAUGAAAUUUAUGUAAACUACUUUAAUAAAAAUAAUUUAAUAUACUUGUUACCUAUACCUACCUUAUACUUGUGUAUAAAUGGUGUAAUAUAACAAUAUAAACAACUAUAUUAUUAUCAAUAUCUAUGUCCAGAAGUUAACAUUUUUUUAUGAAAUUUUUAAAAAUCUAAAAGGAGCAUGGAGUAAAAAAAAAAAGAUUGGGAAACAGUGACUUAUAUCAAUUGUAAAAUAUAUUAUUUUGUAUUUUUGUCUUAUAUAUAUCAUUAUGUUGCUCAAAAUAUAUUUAUUUAUGUUUAGCUACAACAAAGGAAACGUGUAUUUAUGGAAAAUGUUAUUAUUGCAAACGUGAAGAUCCCAUUUGUACAAAAAGUUUACGUUUGGAGGGAGCAGCUAUAUUUUAUCUACCAUCAUUCAUAAAUCUUAAACAAUAUUUGCACCCUUGGCGGAGAUCUUAUAAAGAAAACCAAAGAACCAGGUUAAAUUAGAGAAUUAUUGUUUUAUUUAUUAUUUAAUAUUUUUCCUAAUAUAAUGUUCAUAGACUCUCUAUUAUAUGUACAUCCUUUUAUUUUUUUUUUUACAAUAGGUACCUAUCUAUAUUAAUUCUUUUACUUUUAAUGUCCAAACCUAUAUUAAUUAAAACCAGUUUGAAUUUUAUGGGACAUCUAUCAAUAUAUUAGAAUUAAUUAAAUGAUCUAGGCUUGUAGGUUUAUAGUAGAUACUCUUCAGCCCCUCAAAUAUACUAAAUAUGUAGCCAAAAAAUAUGUAAGUACCUAGGUAGGUAUAGGCACAAAUUGGGUAAUGGGCUUGUUGGGUAUGGAGCCUCUAAAUCAAGUCCUUAUCAAAUAAAUACUAAAUAUACAUAACCAAUACUAUGGGGUGUUAAGCCCUCCCCCCAAAUAUUUGGGCUAUUACAAAUUGCUCGUUAACCUAUACUAAACAUUUACUUAGUUCAAAGUAACUAUAAAACAAACAUAAAACCCAUUGGCGGCCACCCAUACAAAAAUGUGUUGUUGAGGAUAUUUCUGAGGAUCUACCUACCUAAUUUUGUAAUAUAUAUUAGAAGUGUUAAUUAGGAGAAAACUAGAAUACAUAAAACUUGAAGAAUAAUCAACCUCAUUAUUAAAAAAAACAUUUGUUUUAGGUGGGAAACUGAUAACAAUUUUUGUGAUUACAUUAAAACAAAUUAUGAUCUUGAGAGAAUUUUGGAUUUUAUUGACAUAGCCAUGUUUGAUUUUAUUAUUGGAAAUGGCGAUAGACAUCUAUAUGAAGUCAUGGAACGUUUUAACAACUCCAUUCUUCUAAUAGACAAUGGAAAAAGGUAUAGAUCUUAAAAAUUAUAGGUGCAUAGUACCUACAACUAAAGAAAUAAAUUUCAAAUUAUUUAUAGAACUUAUCAUAUUCUAUGUUUUUAUUUAUAUAUAUCAUAGGCCAUUUUUGCAUUGGGGUAGCCCACUUGCGAAUUACUUAUUACUAUUUUUCCAAAUGGUCUACUGUUUUUCAGGCUUAUUGUAUAUAGACUAGCAGCAGUUGGACCUUUUAUGAAUUACAAUUAUUAUACAGCAAUAACCAUUUUACUUAUUUUAUUUUAAGGGUAAUUUUUUUUUUUUUACAAAAAAAAAAAUAUUAGAAUUAUUGUAACAUGUAAACUGAAUAAGUAUGGUACUAAUCAUAUAGUAUUAUAUUUAUUUUAUAAACUGUACCAGUGAAGUUUAGAUUAUUUUUAAGUUUUUGACUAUUGUAUUACUAGUUUUAUUUUAUAUAACAAAAAGAAAAUAUGUAAAAUAUUUAUGUAAUUUUUACAUGUUUUUCGUAGCAUUUUGAGCUGUACAGUUCGUUUAUUUUCCUUUAAGCUCAUCUAUUUGUUUUGCAAAAACAUUUUUGAUUACCCUGCUCUCCGAAUUAUUAAUGUCUCUUUGCCGUUUCUCUUAAUGUUUUAAAUUAUAUUCGAUACUUCAGCAAGAAAUUCUGUAUUGGUUGAUAGUAAAACAUUUCUGCUUAACUACUGUUUACAAUGCCAAACCAUGUACAAUUUGGUAACAUUAUUUUUUUUGUCUACAACUUUGCAUAUAAUAUUUGAAUGUUUAAUGGUCCAUGAUUUUUUUUUUGAAAUAUUGAUUAAAACAUAACUUCUAACUUCAAUUAUAACUAAUUUCUUAUUACUAACUUUUUUGAUGAGCUUAGCUCAUUUUUUUUGCAGCCUUUUUUGUUCUUCAAAAGCUUAUACUUUUUCUUUUUCUUUUAUACAUCUGUUGCCCAAAGUUUCUUUGUUUAUGAUAGACACUUUAGAAUUGCACUUAAUACAGCCAUAUAUAUUAUUAUUUUUGUUAGUUUUUUCUUUAUCUUUUUCACUAUCUUCUUGUGACUAUCUAUUUAAUCACUUACUUCAGUAAUAAUUAACUGAUUUAAAUCUUCUUUUGUCAUAAUAGACUGCAUGAUAUCAUUAUGCAAAUCUUUGCUAGAAAGUCCUAAUUUUGGUUCACUUUCAAAUAAUGCUUUAUAAGAGUUUCUGUUAAUUAUACAAUGUUUUGAUAUGAUAAAAACAUUUUAGAUAAAAAAAAAAUGUUGCACAAAAAAAACCAAAUGUAACAAUAAGUAAAUAUUUUUACAUACUUAAUAUUGUAAUAUUUUUUGUAAUAUUUCGAUUUAAUUUAAAAUUUUAUAAUUAUUGAUUAAGAGUUUAGCAAAGGGGCUAUUGAUUUUACAAUGCUAUUUAUUUUUUUUUAAUUUCAUGUCUGUGGAUACUUUCCCUAGUAAACUUGCUUUGAUACAUAAGUGUAACACUUUUUCUGAAAGCUCAAGUUGUACAUAGAGGUUGUUUAUAAAAAUGUAAUUUUAUUGAUUUUCAUUUUUUUAAAUAAAAGCACUUAAGUGGGAAAAACUUAGAAAAACAUAUAAUUUCACAAUUUAAUUAUUUUAUAAAAAUAUGGAUGAUGUUUUUUACCAGAAAAAAUGAUUUAAUCAAAAAAUCACAAGACUUUUUUGUUGUCUUUUUGAAUUACUUUUUCAUGGCAUAAUCACCAAAACUGAGCCAUUUUUGAGCUUUUAAGGAAUUUUAAUUUUUAGGAGUCUUUUUGCUGUAAUUUAAUUAUAAGUACACCUGGAGACUUGAAACUUGUAAAAAUACUUAGGUUGUACUUACUUAGACGUGGUAAAAUUUCUAAAAUCAUCAUCUUUUUUUCCUUUUUUAAAUUUUUUACAAUGGUACCUUAUUUUAUUUUUUUAUACCGUGGACUACUUUUAUGAUAGGAAAUUUGCUCUGAUGUAUAAGUGUAGCACCUUUUCUGAAAUUCAAUUUUAUCUACUAGGUAAAUACAUAUGUCAUUUUUUGAUUUUCGAGAAACAGUAUUUAAAAUAAAAAUGGUGAACUGAGAAAAAAUACGAUUUUUUUCACAAUUUUGUUAUUUUAAAUAAGUACCUACCACAUUUUCUAGCACAAAUAUGGCUCCCAUUGAAAAAUGACAAAAGACCUUUUUUUUUAUUGAAUUAUUUAUUUUGUUUGUUUUUUGAUUUUCGAAUUAGUUUUCUUAAUAAUCGGGAAAAAACAAGAAAGUAGGGCUAAAAUAAAUUACGGCACUUUAAAUUAUGUAUUACCAAACUACGCUCUGCAUUGUCUUUCAUCAAGCAAUGGGUUAUCCUUGUUUAAGGGUAUAAAUGAAAUAACCUUAUGUAUCCUACCUUCUCAACUUUUCAUCUAUAACAGUGACCGCUCCCAUCCCCACUAUCAGCUCUUUUUUUUUUAUUAGUAGUAUUAUUAAAUACAACUAGUAAUACAAUAGUCAAAAACUUAAAAAUAAUCUAAACUUCACUGAUACAGUUUAUAAAAUAAAUAUAAUACUAUAUAAUAAGUACCAUAAUUAUUCAGUUUACUUGUUAUAAUAAUUCUAUUGAUAUUUUCUUUGUAUAAUUAAUAAAUUACCUUUCAAAUAAAAUAAGUAAAAUAGUUAUUACUAUACAAUGAUUAUAAUUCUUAAAAGGCCUAAUUGCUGCUAGUUUAUAUGUAAUAAGCCUGAAAAACAAUAGGCCAUUUAAAAAAAUUAUAAGAAGUUCACAAAAGGGCUACCUCAUUUCAAAGAGCCUAUUCUUUUUGCAAAGACUAAUUUUCCAUAUGGGCUAUAUAUACAUAUAUAUUUAUGCUUUUAAAAUAAUGUGUUAAUAAAAUAAAUAUUUUGAAUAGUUUUGGGAAUCCUUAUGAAGAUAAUAUUGAUAUUUUAGCUCCACUAUAUCAAUGUUGUCUGUAAGUAUUAUAUUUUAAUAUUUAAAUAUAUUAUUUUAUUCAAUAUGUUUAUUUUUAUUACAAUUUUAUGACUAGUAUCCGUCAGAAAACUUGGGAUAGACUUAAAACUCUAAAAGGAGGGAAGUUCACAGAAAUUUUACAAAAUAUGUUGGAUGUACAUGAAACCAUAUCUUUAAUUACAUUACCUCAUUAUUAUGCACUUGAACGAAGAAUGAAAAUAAUUUAUGCCUCUGUUGUUAUGUGCCAAAAAAAAUCAAAUGAAUCAAUAUUUAAAUAAUUAUUGGCACAAUUUAAAUAAUUAUAUAUUAUGUUAAAUUAUUUUUUUAUUUAAAAUUUAUUAUUGUUCAACACUUUAUACCAUAAAUUAAAUACCUAUAUUUUAAUUAUUUAAUGAGUUUAAUUAUUAAUAAAAUAUUAAGCACCAGUUCAACUUAAAAAAAAAAAAAAAAUAAUAAAAUAGAAUAAAUACACAUAUUAUUUGUGAUUUAUUUAAAAAAUGUUUUUUCUUUGUAAUGCAGAUUAUUUACUUGAACAUAAUAGUAGUAUAAAAAUUAUCUGCAUCAAAACACGCCAUUGAACAGUUAAUUUAUAAAUUGUACCUAAUUAAAAACUAC